CACCGGCACUACAAGUCGACCUUGGAAGUAUUUAAUUUCACCCCAGACAAAUUCAACAAAAGUCUCGAUGAGCUGGUUAUGUUUUUGGCGCAGGUUUGAGAAAUUAAAGCUUGUCAAGUUGGACAUCUGUGCUUAGGCUUAUUUUAUUAACCCUAACUGUAAAUUUUCAUUAAAUUUCAUACACUCUAAGCAAUCAUGGAAGAGUGCGUUGCUGCAUUGAAGAAAGAUAUCAAAUGUAGGGAUUCCCUCAUUAGAGACUUGUACUUGUUGCUCACCGAUGAGCCAAUGUUUCAAAGCAUUUUUAUUUUUGGCCAUGUGUCUUGUGGCAAAUCAUUCAUAGUUCGGAAACUGCUUAAAUACUUAAAGUACAAUGUUUCUAUCGUGAAUUGUCUUGAGCACACGAGCAACAGAAGUCUCUUUGAAAAAAUUCUCGUUGAUCUCUCAUCGUUUAAACUUUCUUCGGAAAAUGGUUACAAGUUCGAUAUAAGGAGUGACAAUUUUGUAGAUUUUAAAAACCAGUUGGAACUGAUACUAAAUGAAAUGCCAGAGUCUCAAAAAAAACCUUCUGUCAUUGUACUGGAAAGGAGUGAAAAAUUACGCGACAUGAACGAGAAUAUACUGCCAGCCAUGAUGAGAUUAGGCGAACUGACAAAAACCAAUAUUUGUACCAUUUUAACCACCGACGUUAUUUUCGCAAGGUUAGCCUCGAAAACGGUAUCAUGCGAACCUGUCAAGGUACAUUUUCCUCAGUACAGCAAAGACGAAUUAAAAGAAAUCCUUAUGCAUCUAACCAAACCAGAAGAAUACAGCCAAGAGUUUUACUAUCAUUACUUGGAGUUUUUCUUCCUAACAUUUUACAGAUUUUGUCGUGAUCUUGGCGAACUGCGAUACAUGGCCAAGAAAAUUUUUCCGGAUUACAUCGAUCCCAUUAUAUCCAAAAUGAUCGACCCUAGUGAUACAAUAGCUCUUUACAGAAAUAUUCGCAAGACCUUUAAAGCCAAUCUCGAAGUUAUCUAUCUGCGAAUGUCGACCGAGGAUUUCGACCAGCAGUCAAAGUUCUCUCUUGAAAUUGAAUCGACCAAAAUGCUAGCUCUAAGCUUCGAGCUGCCGGCUUUUUCAAAAUAUCUUCUGAUAGCUGCAUUUUUGGCGUCCUACAACCCGCCGCUCGAAGACAAAAAAAUAUUUAUGAAGGAAAGUGGACCGAGAAAAAAGCGAGCUUACAAGUCGCAAAAGAAACCGAAAAAGUCCAAAGCUCACGGGGGACCGCGCAAUUUCCCGUUAAAUCGGUUACUUGCUAUUUUUUGCUCGAUCUACUCUGAUAAGGUAGACCUCAAUGCUCUUUUGUUGACGCAGAUACCCUCGCUGUGCCAAUUGGGCUUGAUCGGGCUGGUUGGCGAUAACGACAUCAAUGAGCCAAAAUACAAAUGCUACAUCAAUUAUGAAUUUGCCUUGUUUAUUUCGAAAACCAUCAGCUUUGAGAUGAACAUGUAUUUGUACGAUCGUAAUUAAUCCUAUUUAAUUUAUUCAAAGGGAAUCCCUACAUUUAUAGUUUUUAUUUAUACUUUGCGAUGAAGUUAAUUGCUUGAGUUAUUUAAAUUUUUGUACCAUUAAGUUUUGUAUGAU